AUGGAUCAUUCACAUACAAACUAUUUUUUACCUUUUGAUGCUGCUUCAUAUUUUGAUUCGGCAGCAGCAGCAGCAGCAGCUACUUAUAAUCCAUAUACAGAUUUUUAUUCACACCAACCAUCAGCAACAAGUUCAUCAACAACAGCUACAUCUUAUCAUCAAAUGUAUCGUACAACACCGACAACAUUAAGACAUCCAAGUUUUUAUUCAGCUACAAUGCAGAGUCUUCAAUCAUCUUAUAAAAUGUUUGGUACACCACAAAAUGAUACAAAUUCUUCAUCAUUUCUUGGUACAACAACACCUACAGCAUUCUUACAUGAUAAUAAACGAAAACAAAGACGUAUUCGUACAACGUUUACUAGUUUACAACUGAGAGAACUUGAAAAAUGUUUUCAACAAACACAUUAUCCUGAUGUUUAUUUACGUGAAGAAAUUUCACUUCGUAUUGAUUUAACUGAAGCUCGUGUUCAAGUAUGGUUUCAAAAUAGACGAGCUAAAUGGCGUAAACAAGAACGACAAAAGCAAUCACUCAAAACAAAAAAUAAUAAUCCUAACCCGUCAUCAAAAAGCAAUAAGAUUGCAAUAGGUGAUACGAAAAAACCACAUAAAGAUCAUCCGAAUCGGUAUUCUAUUGAUAAUAAUGAUGAAACCAAACGUUCAAGUUGUUAUAAUGAACAAAAUUUAUCUAAUAUUGUAUAUACAUCGCCUGAUAUCAAAUAUAAUUCAUUUCAAUAA